AUGGAAGAUCCGGAGACGCUGGGCAAAAGAAAAGUAGAGGAGAAGUCAGAGCUUUCUGAUGCGAACCCUACGCCAGAACCGACGACGAAGCGUAGGAACAGCCAGAAACGGGCGUGUGUACAUGAAGUUGCUGUUCCGAAUGGUUUUACACCAACAAAAGAGGAGUCGAUUCAUGGGACUCUUGAUAAUCCCGUCUUCAAUGGCGAUAUGGCCAAAACGUACCCUUUUCAGCUCGACCCUUUUCAGAGUGUCUCUGUAGCUUGCUUAGAGAGAAAAGAAUCGAUUUUGGUUUCUGCCCACACUUCCGCAGGUAAAACCGCAGUUGCAGAGUAUGCUAUUGCAAUGGCGUUUCGAGAUAAGCAGAGGGUUAUAUAUACUUCCCCCUUGAAAGCCUUGAGUAAUCAGAAGUACAGAGAGUUGCAGCAUGAGUUUCAGGAUGUUGGUUUGAUGACUGGUGAUGUCACUCUCUCACCUAAUGCUAGUUGUUUGGUUAUGACUACAGAGAUCCUCAGAGCGAUGCUUUACAGAGGAUCCGAGGUUUUAAAGGAGGUUGCUUGGGUUAUUUUUGAUGAAAUUCAUUACAUGAAAGAUAGGGAAAGAGGGGUUGUUUGGGAAGAGAGUAUCAUUUUCUUGCCACCUGCUAUUAAGAUGGUUUUUCUUUCUGCUACAAUGUCCAAUGCUACUGAGUUUGCUGAAUGGAUUUGCUAUAUCCACAAGCAGCCGUGUCAUGUUGUGUACACGGAUUUCAGGCCAACACCUCUGCAGCAUUAUGCUUUUCCUGUGGGUGGCAGUGGACUGUACCUUGUGGUCGAUGACAAUGAGAACUUUCGGGAGGAUAAUUUCGUUAAGAUGCAGGAUACUUUCCCAAAACCGAAAUCUGUUGACGGAAAGAAGAGUGCAAAUGGCAAAUCAGGUGGUAGGGGUGCUAAAGGUGGUGGUGGCGGCUCUGGUGAUUCCGAUGUUUACAAAAUUGUAAAGAUGAUCAUGGAAAGAAAAUUUGAACCAGUCAUAAUCUUCAGCUUCAGUAGAAGAGAGUGUGAACAGCAUGCAUUGUCAAUGUCAAAACUUGAUUUCAAUACAGAAGAAGAGAAGGAGGUUGUGGAACAGGUGUUCAGUAAUGCUAUUCAGUGUUUGAAUGAGGAGGAUAGAUCUUUACCUGCCAUUGAACUGAUGUUGCCACUGCUCCAACGUGGUAUUGCUGUCCACCAUUCUGGUCUUCUUCCUGUCAUCAAGGAAUUAGUGGAACUUCUUUUUCAGGAAGGACUUGUAAAAGCGCUGUUCGCCACAGAAACUUUUGCUAUGGGUUUGAACAUGCCCGCAAAAACUGUAGUGUUUACUUCUGUUAAGAAGUGGGACGGUGACAGCCAUCGUUACAUUGGGUCUGGUGAAUAUAUCCAGAUGAGCGGCAGAGCUGGACGUCGUGGCAAGGACGAACGUGGCAUCUGCAUUAUUAUGAUUGAUGAACAGAUGGAGUUGAAUACACUCAGGGACAUGAUGUUGGGCAAACCAGCCCCUCUGCUUAGUACUUUUAGGUUAAGUUACUACACAAUUUUGAAUUUAUUGAGUCGUGCGGAAGGACAAUUUACAGCUGAGCAUGUGAUAAAGCACUCGUUCCACCAAUUCCAGUAUGAAAAGGCUUUACCGAAUAUUGAGAAUAAGGUGUCUAAACUUGAAGAGGAAGCUGCCAUCCUUGAUGCUUCUGGAGAGGCGGACGUUGCUGAGUACCAUAGGCUAAAACUUGACAUAGCUCAACUUGAAAAGAAACUUAUGUCAGAAAUAAUAAGGCCAGAAAGGGUUCUUUGUUUUCUUGAUACUGGUCGGCUGGUUAAGAUACGAGAAAGUGGAACAGACUGGGGUUGGGGAGUUGUAGUUAAUGUUGUGAAACAAUCUUCAGUUGGAACUGGUUCCGCAUCUUCACAUGGUGGCGGAUAUAUUGUGGAUACUCUACUUCAUUGCUCCUCUGGUUUUAGCGAGAAUGGUGCCAAGCCAAAGCCAUGUCCUCCCCGUCCUGGGGAAAAGGGUGAGAUGCAUGUGGUUCCUGUACAGCUACCCUUAAUUUCUGCUAUGAGCAGACUAAGGAUAUCAGUUCCUUCUGAUCUUCGGCCACUAGAAUCAAGACAAAGCAUACUACUCGCAGUACAGGAGUUGUCAAGUCGCUUCCCUUUAGGGUUCCCAAAACUCCAUCCAGUCAAGGACAUGAAUAUUCAAGAUACAGGGAUAGUGGAUCUGGUCAGCCAAAUCGAAGAAGUUGAGCAGAAGUUACUUGCUCAUCCGACGCACAAGUCUCAAGAUGAUCAACAAAUUAAGAGUUUCCAAAGGAAAGCGGAGUUGAAUUAUGAAGUUCAACAGCUCAAAUCAAAAAUGCGUGAUUCUCAGCUCCAAAAGUUUCGAGAUGAGCUUAGAAACCGUUCUCGGGUGUUAAAGAAACUUGGACACAUUGAUGCGGAUGGUGUUGUCCAGUUAAAGGGACGAGCUGCCUGCUUGAUAGACACAGGGGAUGAAUUGCUUGUCACUGAACUGAUGUUUAAUGGUACUUUUAAUGAUCUGGAUCAUCACCAAGUAGCAGCCCUUGCAAGCUGUUUCAUUCCCGUAGAUAAAUCAAAUGAACAGGUAAAUUUAAGAAAUGAACUUACUAAACCCUUGCAGCAGCUCCAAGAUAGUGCACGAAAAAUUGCAGAGAUACAACAUGAAUGCAAACUUGAAAUUAACGUUGAAGAGUAUGUAGAAUCCACUAUAAGGCCUUACCUGAUGGACGUUAUCUACUCUUGGUCAAAGGGGGCGACCUUUGCAGAGAUUAUACAAAUGACUGACAUAUUCGAGGGUAGUAUCAUUAGGAGCGCUAGAAGGCUCGACGAGUUUCUGAACCAGCUUCGAGCUGCAGCAGAUGCAGUUGGAGAAAGCAGUUUGGAAAGCAAGUUUGCAGCUGCUAGCGAGAGCUUGCGGCGAGGUAUUAUGUUUGCAAAUUCGCUUUACUUGUAA